AGAAAGGUUUGGUUUGAAAUGUUUCAAUAUAAGCAGUUCAGAUAGCUUAAUAGAGAGUUGUGAAGUUAUUUCUGGUUGUAGCGUUAUAAUGUAGUAAAUAACAUUAGUGAACGUUUUGUGAGUAAAGUGCACCCAUGCAUGAGUAACAGAAAAGAAAAACUCCUGGUGAAGCAGCUGAGAUCCACGUACACUAUUAUAAAGAUGGCGUUUAUUAAAGUGGAGAGUGAAGACUUGAAUAUUGAAGAAACAUUAAGUGUGAAACAAGAAGAGACUGAGGAACAAACAAAGAGGGUCUUUAUUAAAGAGAAGAGUGAAGAUGUGAAGAUCGAAGAAACAUUCAGUGUGAAACAAGAAGAUAUUGAGGAACAAAGAGACCUGAUGGCGCUGAAAGAAGACAGCCAGGAACAAAAUAAAAAAGAAGAAAAAGGUCAAUUUGAGAAUCAUCAAGAACUCAUAACUGGAGUAAAAUCUUUUAGUAUUGAUAAACAUGGGAAACUUAAAGUUCACAUGACAAUUCACAAUGGAGAACAACCUUACACAUGCCUACCGUGUGGAAAGAGUUUCAAUCAAAAAGGACACUUUGAAGAACACAUGAGAAUUCACACUGGAGAGAGUCCUUUCACCUGUCAACAUUGUGGAAACAAAUUCACUCAUAAAGGCAGCCUGAACAGGCACAUGAGAAUUCACACUGGAGAAAAGCCUUACACCUGCCAACAGUGUGGAAAGAGUUUCAGUCAACAUGGAAACCUUGCAGACCACAUGAAAAUCCACACUGGAGAGAAGCCUUACACUUGUGAACAGUGUGGAAAAAGUUUCAACCGAAAAGGAAGCCUUAAUUGCCACUUGAGAAGUCAUACUAAAAAGAGCCUUUUCACCUGCCAACAGUGUGGAAUGAGUUUCACUGUAAAAGGAAGCCUUAACGCCCACAUGAAAGUUCACACCGGAGAAAAGCCUAACACGUGCCUUCAAUGUGGAAAGAGUUUUGAUCAACAAGAAAACCUUACAGUCCACGUGAUGAGAGUUCACUCUGGAGAAAAUUUAUACACAUGCCCUCAGUGUGGAAAGAGUAUAAAACAAAAAGGACACUUUGAAGUUCACAUGAGAGCUCACUCUGAAGAGAAGCCUUACACAUGCCCUCAGUGUGAAAGGAGUUUCAAUCAAAAAGGACACUUUGAAGAACACAUAAGAACUCACACUGGAGAGAGGCCUUUCACCUGCCAACACUGUGGGAGGGGUUUCAUCCGAAAAGGAAUCCUUAACAGGCACAUGAGAAUUCACACUGGAGAGAAGCCGUUUAUAUGUGGUCACUGUGGAAAGUGUUUCCAAUAUAAAGUAACCUUAAAGUACCACAUGAGGAUUCACUUAUGAGUGAACUGUUUUAUAUUUUAUCAGUGUGAAAUGCGCAUUAGGAACCAUUUAAUAACUCAAACUGGCGAGAAGCCUUUCAUGUUCCAUCACUGUGGAAAGGCAUGCAGAAAGGAAGGAAACCUUGAGGUUCACAUAAGCGUACAUUAUAGAGAGGCUGUUUGCCUGCCCUCAAGGCCCUUGUAUAAUCGUGAAGUUUUUUGCUUACGUGUAAAAAGAAGUUCAAAAUAUCUGAGCAGCAGACUUGGUGAAUACCUGUUUAGAUGAAUGUGUAGAUAUGUGAUGCACAUUUUCCUUUCAACAACAAAGUAAAUGCUGUGAGAAAAAAGCAGUUGUGAAGGCUUCUUAUCAUAGCUCUGUGGUAUGUUUGCACCAGCUCUGCAAUGUGGCCCACUGGUAAAGUCACAUCACAUUUAUUAUAUAACACUUCAUAUAAUAGAUUGCUUUAAAGCAAGCAGCUUUACCUAUUAAACAUGAAACAACAG